AUCAGUCCUGACACGUGCAGCAUGAUGCGUCGAGUUUUGAUGACCCUUCCGCCAAACACAUUACCAAUGGCCAGCAAUCGAAUCGAAAAGAUUCUCAAUCAAAAGAAAAAGGAUAUCGCAAAUAAAAAGAGCUGUUCAGAAAAGACCGCAAAUGGCUUGGCCUACUGGGCCUUGAUCGUAGAUGACACCUACGGCAUGUCAUUGAGAGAUAUUGUGGCAUUGUCUGGUUUCGAAACGGCAUACACCCUACGAUGUGACCACUGUGAGAACGAAGACGACUGUCGUUUUUUUAUUCCAGAAAUCGCUCACAACCUCAAUUCCAGAAGUAUUUCUUGCGCGUCUUGCUGGCGUACCACCACAAGGAUCUGUACAUUUCAAGGAAUCGCAACCACUACAGACCUCGUGGAUGAGAUACGUAGCUAUGAAGCAUUUAGACACCAUGUACCGUGCAACCAGUGCUUCUCUGAUGAGAAGCAGUGCGACAAUCGAGCUGAUCUUUGCGAGAGGUGUGAGGCUGCUGGUAAGGAAUGUGUACGAGAAGCUUGCAAGAAUGGGAGCGAGCCCUACGAUGAGUCAAGUUGUCCCAGGGCUUGUGAUAAGGCUCAUGAAGAUGACGGAUAUACAAACGUCACUACGAUUCCAAGGAGUAAAGGAUGCAAUGCACGUAUCCAACUGAAAAAUGCAUAA